UUAUUAAUAAUUAAGCGACGAUAUUCCUUUAUAUAGAAUAAAUAAAGUGUUUUUACCAUGUUUAUUUUAAUAAAAUAAAAAUUAAUUUUAAUUAUUUAAAAACAAACUUGAAGUUAGAUAUUAAAGCAUAACCUCACUAAAAAGAAAUGCACGAUUUUGAUUUAAAAAAUGUAAUUUUUUUCGUUUUCGCGAAAAAUUUCGCUUCAUAUACUCAAAAGGAUUAAACGCAAAAAUUCGCAUCCUUUAUAUAGAAUAAGUAAAGUGUCUUUACAUGUUUAUUUUAAUAAAUUUAAUUAUUUAGAAACAAACUUGAAGUUGGCUCCUUAAAAGAUAACCUCAAAAAUAAAUCUAACCUCACUAAAAAAAACACGAUUUUGAUUAAAAAAAAUGUUAUUUUUAUCGUUUUCGCGACAAAUCCCGCUUCAUAUCCUUAAAAGGUUUAAACAUAAAGAUUCGCAUUGGUCGGUGGCUCGUAAAAAGAAAUCGCACACUCAAAGAGCCCUCGAACAUUUCAACGAAUUUUACGAACCGAUUUAUAAAACAGAUUGGGGAGGUAUUCGGCAAGGAUUACUUACCCGGCAAAAAUAUGUGGCUUUAAUAAACAAUUUUUCUGACUCUGAAAGGAUUUGUAAUGAAUUAGAACGAACCGGCGCAAUGAAUUUGCGGAGAUUAUUUCAUUUAGAAAAGGAAUAUUUAAGUAUUAAUAACAAGAAGUUAAACCAAAGUAUUAAAACUUUAAAAAAUACUAAUAAUGAGAGUAUUAAUGAAGAUAAAAUUGAAAAAAUCGAUUCAAAUCGAAUUAUAGAUGGUGUUAAUUCAAAUUUGAGCUUAACCGAAUUUGUUCCUGCCACAAAAAUCAAAGGGAUGGAAGAUUUUAUAACAGAAUCAGAACAUUAUAAUUCUUAUAACCCCCAAGAUUCUUCUAUUGUAGAAAUUGAAAAACAAUACGAUUUUAAUUUCCCAAAUACCUUAAAUGUUUAUAUAUACGACACGAUGGAUAAACAAACAUUUAAAUCGCCCCGAAAAGGCUCAACAGGCGUUUUAGAUUAUUAUUUAUUAGAUGCAGGUUCUUUACUCCCAAUUUUAGCCCUAGAUAUCCAACCAAACGAAAAAAUCCUCGAUAUGUGCUCCUCCCCCGGUGGAAAAAGCUUAAUAAUCCUUCAAACUCUUUACCCAAAAACCCUAAUUUGCAACGACAUCUCAAAAUCAAGAAUUGACCGUAUUUUUAAAGUCAUGAAAGAGUAUUUGUACGAUUUAAACGAAAAUUGGUUCGAAACCGGGCGAUUAAAAAUCCAAAAUAUGGAUGGGAGGGAUAUUAAUGACGAAUUUGAUAGGGUUUUAGUGGAUGUUCCAUGUACGACCGAUCGGCAUUCGGUUAAUCAAGAAGAUAAUAACAUUUUUAAACCCGAUCGGAUUAAAGAACGAUUAAAGUUACCUGAAUUGCAGUCCGAUUUACUUGUGAAUGCGUUAAAAAUGGUUCGAAUUAAUGGAACGGUGGUUUAUUCGACUUGUACGUUAAGUCCCAUUCAAAACGACGGGGUUGUUCAUAUGGCGUUAAAAAGGAUUUGUGAAGAAACCGAUUUAGGGUUUAAAAUAAUUGAUAUGAGACCUGCUUUAAUGCAGGUACUUACCUCUUAUAAAAUGUUUGGAUCCUCCUGGAAAUAUGGUCACUUGGUUGUUCCAAAUCUAAGUCGAAAUUUUGGGCCUACUUAUUUUUGUAAAUUGGAGAGAACGCGGUAGUCUGGAAAAAAUCAAAAAGGAAAAACGUUUCG